AUUAUGCCUUCAUUACACUGACUAUUCAAAGAUGUUAAACCGACGACCUAUAACUGUCUUUUUAAAAUAAGUUGUACAGCUUCUAUUCUGGGUGAGGGGUAAAGAAGCCUUAAAGGCGGGCAUGUUUUUGGGGGGAGCCAGUUCUCCGUAAACAAAAAAAUUACUUAAAUCGUCAUCGAUUGUCGUCCAACCCUAAAAUCGUCAUAAAAAGAGGACGUCAAAUCGACCGUAAGAAUGUCAUCUACGCCGGAUGGUAAACCGGUAUCAGAGUAAGAGCCAAUCGCGCGAAGGGCAGCUGUUAAGCCACGCCUCUUGCUCCACCAGUGAACAAAUCAAAAGGAAGCAAAGAGGGCUCGCCCUACCACCUGCUUUUUUGCGUGCGGAGUUAUCGUGGUUUUGGGGGUUUGUUUGUUUUUUUCUCCUGAGAGGCAGAAGGACGGUAGGUCGAGUGGGGGACUUCGUCGUAUCAGUCGCUGUCACCGCACGCAGAAUGGCGGCCGUCGCGGGUUUCCGUGCCUCCUACCACCGUUUUUUAGACCGAAUCGAGAUGAUGUUGCCGCCUCGGCUGCGUCCUUUGUACAACCACCCGGCAGGUCCCAAAACAGUGUUUUUCUGGGCACCUAUUAUGAAAUGGGGCUUGGUAUGUGCUGGAAUGGCUGAUAUGACGAGGCCAGCAGAAAAACUCAGUACAUCACAAUCUGCUGUGCUAAUGGCUACAGGUCUUAUCUGGUCAAGAUACUCUCUUGUUAUUAUUCCUAAAAACUGGGGUCUCUUUACGGUUAAUUUCUUCGUUGGCUGUGCUGGUGGCUCACAGUUGUACCGUAUAUGGAGGUACAAUCAAACGCUCAAAGCCAAGGAAUUGGAGAAGUAGCAGUAGAAAUUGAAUCUCAACUUUUCAGCAGUAAAACAAUUUCCCAAGGGACAUCGUUUUGGACUUCCUCAGUUGCCCAGUGUGAAUUUUUACUAAAGCUGGUAGAACAUGCUUUUUUUCUAUAAGUUUAGAAAGCAAUCUCUUCACAUUGAAAUAAAACCUUCAAUUACACAA